AUGGGUAAACAACAGAACUGGGACACAGUGGGCCGCAGUGCCCUGACUGACUGGAACAAAUACUCAGGUACUUAUGUGUAAUGGUGCCGUAUGAACAGUAUGUCUGUAUGACGAUGACUUGGAUUAUGAUGACUGAUACUUCUUAUACCUGUACUCUGUAAACAUGUCUGCCUGAUUUGAAAAUACCCUGAGGUAUUUCCAUCCUGUCAGGUGCUGUAUCGUGCUCAGAUGAUGAGCUGCUGCCCUCAGACGAGGACGAUGAGUGCCCCCCCAGCCGAGACCAGCCCUACCUCUGCUUUGAGAUCAAAGCGACGACGGCUUCAGUGUAAAGGCAGACAGCAUAGAGGGUGAGGUUUCAGGGAGGGAAGAGCAAAUAAAUAGACUUCAUGUGUCUGUUAUCUGUAGAGUGUUCAUUUAUAAAUAAUUGCGUUACCCAAUUCUCAAGGCAAUGAUUUCUGCACAAAUACCCACUAUUUCUACAUAUGACUCAACAUACGAUUUUGAAAUAUACUUGUUCUCGUACUUGGCUAGAAUGAACUUCUCUUGUGUAAUAAACCAUCUAGCAGUAAAUGUAGGCUAGUUUCCAUAUGUAUUACAUUUGUGUGUUAUCCUGUGUUACUCAUACCUUACACUUCUCUCUCUUCAUUCCUCUUCCCUCUCCUUUCCCUCAUCAGUGGUCUGGAGGGCAGCGAUAGACUGUGUCCAAGCGGCGCGGCCGGGGGCCAGGCUGAGGCAGCUGUCCUUCUCUGGGAUGACAGGUGCCCGUAUGCUGGGCCUGCUCCACGACACGGUGGUCUUCCUGGUGGAGCAGCUCCAGGGGGCCGGCCGCUGCCAUAGCCACGCCUUCCGCUUCUUUAAACAGAUCAGUCAAGAGGAGGACCUUCCUGUCAACCCCUCCGGCUGCGCCAGCUCCGAGGUCUACCUCAGGUCAGUGUCCUGGUGUUCUGUCCACUACAGGGGCCCUGGAAGUUAAAUAUAGAAAUAGAAGGAAAGUCAUUAUUUUGGAAUGUAAUCUGGAAAUUGAGUUUGAGUUGUCUUACAGAUUCAUCUUACAUAUCUUGUAAACAUUUCACCAAUACUUCCUAGGUAUCAUGAGUCGUAGAUUGGAAGAAGUUUAAUAAAUAAAAACGUAUUCAUUUGGAAAUUUCUGAGAAUUGGUGAAUAACUACAAGUUUAAUGGUGGGAACAGGUAUUACUUUGUCCUUACCUUGCAGUUGGUCAACCCAUACCACUAAAGUCUAGCAAAUCUCUAGAGAAUCUGGGUUUUCCCCUCUGUAGGUGGUUUUCAACCUCAAAGUGGAAGCUAGACUCUCUGUGUGGAAUAUUGGUGAAAUAUAUGUUUUGAAUGUAGACAGCUGUUAGGUUUAGAGGAACAAUGGAUGUGUCUGUGUCUGGCUGUGUUUCUAUGUGAGUAUCAUCUCCACCUCCACAGUCGGAGUAGGCUAGAAAUAAGACCUGUAUGACGUCUAUGCUGCUCCAUUCAUUAACAUAUGAAGAAUGUGUGGGUGAUGUGCACAUCCCAAAUUCUACACCAGUGCUGGGCAAAAAAAAACUAUGAUAAAGAAAGUUAAGCCUGCAUACUGUAAAAUUUUACGUAACACCUUGUUCCUGUCUUCUUUUACAGGAAGUCCACCUUCGACAUGUUCAACUUCCUGGCUUCCCAGCACCACCAGCUCCCUGACAUCAACCCCUACGAUGAGGAGGAGGAUGAAGUCCCACUCAAAUCCACAAGGUCAGAUUAUAGAGUUAUUGUAUGCUGGUAAUCACAAAGGAAGCUAGCUUAAUGCUAACAUCUUAAAAAAGGAAACUGGCUUAAAUAUUGCAGGAGCUAGUCCAUGAAAGAUCUUGUCCAGCGGAACAUUCUUAGAACUUGUCGUACAUUCCUUUAAAAACCAACUUUCACAUCAACAAAUGAUCCACUUAUAAGUUGGUAGACAUAACAUAUCAAUGUAUUCAUUCAGACUGAUGAGUAACAAAGGAGCCAGCUAUACAACUACAGGUUUCCACAAUCGUUUUAUAGCUGUGACUUAACCAUUCUGUCAUUUCUGUAACUACCUCCCCCUAACAAGCAACGUUAAAAAUGUGUUCUACCCUCUUAUAGCUUUGAGUCUUUAGAGACUCAUCUCAGAGUUCAACCUGAAAGGUCAGAAGCACAUCGUCAUCUUCUCUGCUUAUCCCUUUUCUCCUAGACGUGCCACUAGCUUGGAGGUCCCGAUGGCCAUGCGCUUCAGACAUCUGGAGAGGACAUCUAAGGAGGCUGUUAGCUGGGACAGGUCAGCACACAACUAGUCCUGGUCCCCCCUUAGGGGCUGAGGACAAAGCUCAUGUGUUUCUCAGUGGGGGGCCAGCUGACCCCACAAUAGGUCAGUUGCGGCCUGUCUGGAUAGGAAGCCAUCACUGUGGUUCUCUACAGCUGUCACAGCAAACUAGGGACAGAGGCAUGGUUUGUAUUUCCUGUUUCUCCCUUUUUAAGUCCCCCUCAAGAAGCGUCAUAGUGAAGUCUGUUAUUCUGCUGCAAAAUGAGUAACAUGAAUUCCCAUUGACUCAGGAUCAGAUCAUUUAAAUACAAUUCAAAAUCUGAUCCUUUGCAUCAUUUUAAUAGCCAAAGAGAUUAGCUAUGGAAACCUUUGUUCAUGCUUGAGCCUCUUCUGACAUUUCGCUCUGAUCUCUGGUGUAGGUCUGCUAUCCACGAGCGAGGUCUGUUCUGCAAGAGGAACAUCGACGCUCAGGAGAUGGUCAUCGAGUAUGCUGGCAUCGUCAUUCGCUCAGUGCUCACAGACAAGCGGGAGAAGUACUACGAUGGCAAGGUGAGAUCAAUCAGUUCAGAGUGUGGUUGAGGAGACAACAUAAACCCUAUGGUUCGUCCCAACGAGACCUUAGUUGGUGGACUUUUUUAAAAUCCACUAAUUGUGGGAUUGAAUGAAUAAAUGUUAUUGAUACCAACAUAAUACAUGUUCCUUAAACUAAAACUAAGUCCCCUGUCUCUUUUCCCUCCUUCCUCCACUGGGUAUCGGCUGCUACAUGUUCCGUAUCGAUGACUUUGACGUUGUGGACGCCACCAUGCACGGCAAUGCCGCGCUUCAUCAACCACUCAUGCGAGCCCAACUGCUACUCACGCGUCAUCAAUGUGGAGGGCCAGAAGCACAUCGUCAUCUUCGCCCUGCGCAAGUCUCCCGGGGCGAGGAGCUCACCUACGACUACAAGUUUCCCAUCGAAGACCCAGCAAGCAAGCUCAACUGCAACUGUGGGCCCGGAAAUGUAGAUGCUUUCUCAACUAGGGGCAGGAGGAGGACGUGGGACUGCCACAGUCCCUGCAGGGGGAACAAGGCACUAGGGGAGGGGGGUGAGAGACCAGAGGCAACAGGGAAAAACAACAGAGGUUAA